UUAAUUUAAUUUAAUUUGCCCCAUUUGAAACAUAUUAGAAAGUUGGUAAGCGUACGAGGCUUCUGGAAUUGUUUGCAGUUGGAUCAGAUCCUCCGUACGCAACCACGAAGCAAGGAAUUGAAUUUCACAGAUUUGAGAAGCUGAAUCACGAAAUCAGCAACUGAACUCUACAAACAACUCAAACUUGUUUACUUUGGUGCAUGCCACGACCCAGAAACAUGCGUCCCAAUAUCGUUUCUGAGGCUGGGGUUUCUACUAGGUUGAAUCAAUAUUGGGAAAGCAUUCCGUUCCUCACUUCUGCUAUUGUGGUUCUUUGUGGAAUUAUUUACUUGGUUUGUUUAUUGGUUGGAUAUGAUUCAUUUGCUGAGGUAUGCUUUUUGCCGUCUGCUGUUGUAUCACGUUUUCAAGUUUACAGGAUUUAUACCUCCAUUCUUUUUCAUGGUUCGCUGCUUCAUGUUCUCUUCAACAUGAUGGCCUUAGUUCCCAUGGGAUCUGAGAUGGAGAGGGUCAUGGGUUCAGUUCGCCUGCUAUAUGUCACGAUUUUGCUGGCCACGAGCAAUGCUAUAUUCCACAUUCUCGUAGCACUGCUGGUGGCACACAAUCCUAUUCAAUCGUCGGAAUACUUCAUGAAUGAGUGUGCUAUAGGCUUCUCGGGAGUUCUGUUUUCCAUGAUUGUUAUUGAGACAAGCCUGAGUGGAGCUCAAUCUCGGAGUGUUUUUGGCUUGUUUAACGUCCCGGCAAAAUGGUAUCCAUUCCUUUUGCUAGUGGUGUUCCAGCUUCUCAUGGAGAAUGUCUCACUUCUUGGACACCUUUGUGGCAUUAUAUCUGGGUUUGCAUAUACAUAUGGCUUGUUCAAUAUCCUAAUACCUGGGACAUCUUUUUAUUCUUCCAUUGAAGCUUCAUCCUUGCUUUCAUCCUGUGUGAGACGUCCUAAAUUUAUUGUUUGCACUGGGGGAAAUACUUCGGGUUAUAUCCCUACACAUACAAGCCGAAAUUCAACUUCUGGUGGAAUACUUUCUGGAAAUGUUUGGAGAAACCUAUCAUCAUUGAUGCCGCAAAGAGAAGUGUCUGCUCAGCCAACUGAGGACAGUAGGUUCCCUGGGAGGGGAAGGACCCUUGGUUCUGGUCAAGGUCAAGCAGCUUCUGCUCUAAAUUCAGAUUCAAGUCUUCAAGCUAGACUCUUGGAUAAUAGCAGCCCUGAUCAACCUUUAGACUCAUCUGCUCACAGCACUGCUCAACAGUUAUCAGGAGGAAGGAAUUCAGCUGGUAAUGUAGCAACAGUGGCUGCUAAUGUUCCACAGCAUCAGGUCCCUUUACAUUCCAUUGUUACUAAUCCUAUUUUCUUGUGCUUCAUUUGGGUAUUUGAUAUUCAUUAUGUGGUUCAUCUGCAGGGUGCAACUGCUUCAGAAGAGGAGAUUAAGAAACUGGUAUCAAUGGGCUUUGACAGGACACAGGUGGAGGUAGCACUGGCAGCUGCUGAAGGUGAUCUUAAUGUGGCAGUGGAAAUACUAAUGAGCCAGCAGGGUUAAAAUUGCAAGGCUGUUUAUGUUGGAUUCUGAGAGAGACUUGGCUAACACUGUUAAUUGAUUAUCUUACUUAUCUCUUUUCAUUUCAAACACUCUGUGUAAUCAUGACUCUACCACCACUAACACUUCACUGAAAAUCAUGCUAACACCAAUUAGCGGAGUUGAACAUAUGUAGACAGUAUACAAAUGUUGGAUAUGAUAUUUUCCUUCAAGAGAAGAUUGUUUAUAGCCAAA